ACUCUUAUCCACAGGGCAGACCGAGGCUCCCCAGGAGCAGCAGCCCGGUCGCAGUGUAUGUGGACCGGAAUCCCUGCAUCGUUGAAGAGGCAUUCGCAACGAUAGCAUGGGAUGACUUGGAGGAAUGCGCGUCCGUGAUGAGGCGAGAGAGCGACUCCCUGGGUUCCCAGGUGAACGAUUCCGACGGAGAUGACCAGGACUUCGGGGAAUAUGCCCUGGACUUUAUAGCUGACUCUCCAGCCACAUUGGAGCGCAGUCUGUCUCCAGCCGAUCUGGUGGCCUUCCAAGGGUGUAUCAUCCCUCCUCUCACCCCCCAGCGGGAGCCCUGUCCAGAGGACAAGGACCAGCACGGCUACCCUUCCUCAGACCCAGGCCUCGGCCAGCAUCAGGCCCAGGAUGGGAUACUCUGGAGGGGCAUUGCUCAGCACCACACCAGGGUCCUGGGACACACACUGGAGACCAACAGCCAGCUUCACCUGAAUUUGAGCAGGAGGCAGGAGGAGAUUAACGCUCUGCUGCAACGCAAUGUCCACCUCAGAGAACUAGCCACCAGAGCUAAACACCUAGCCUCUGUCCUGGAUAAGCUGAUGAUGGUGAGGGAACCAUCAUGUAUUCGACAACCCUCAACAUCCCCCUGUGACGAACCCCCCAUGUCAACACUCCCGUGUAAGAGGCAGCGUCUGGAAGACACUUGUGACGACACAUCGCCCCCUGGAUGUGUGGAAGACAUCCUACGGGAUGUCAGCGAGCGCUGCAACACCGUCCUGCACCACAGCACCGUUCAACCACCUCUUACCCAGGAUAAUGACCCAGAGAGAAUACUGAUGUUCGGAGCGUUCUCUGGACUGCAGACAUCCAGGAACACAGGUGGCGCUGUGGUGAGCAUGGAGGACACCGAGGCAGGAGAGAGCAGUAGUGACUCGUCUUUCAGGACUUCAAUUAGGGAACACUGUACGAUCAGGACUCAGACCUUCCCUCACGGACACGCCUUCACCUCCAGGACGACCCAGGGUGGGUACCGCUUCCGCUGGGUUCCCAGCCAGAGCUAGCCCUUAGCGGUACUGAGUUCCCAGCCAGAGCUUGCCCUUAGCGGUACUGGGUUCCCAGCCAGAACUAGCCCUUAGCGGUACUGGGUUCCCAGCCAGAACUAGCCCUUAGCAGUACUGGGUUCCCAGCCAGAACUAGCCAUUAGCGGUACUGGGUUCCCAGCCAGAGCUAGCCCUUAGCGGUACUGGGUUCCCAGCCAGAGCUUGUAGUAGGUACUGCUGUUAUUAGACUGCUAGCUUUGGCUAAAUACUAGCUACACUAUAUUUAUAAAAGUAUGUGGACACCCCUUCAAAUUAGUGGAUUCGGCUAUUUCAGCCACAUGUUGCUGACAGGUGUAUAAAAUCGAGCACACAGCCACGCAAUCUCCAUAGACAAACAUUGGCAAUAGAAUGGCCUUACUGAAGAGGCUCCCUAGCGGAUGCAGUAGUCUAAGGCACUGCAUCUCAGUGCUAGAGGUGUCACUACAGACCCUGGUUCGAUUCCAGGCUGUAUCAUAACCGUCCGUGAUUGAGAGUCCCAUAGGGUGGAGCACAAUUGGCCCAGCGUUGUCUGGGUUAGGGUUUGGCAGGGUAGGCCGCCAUUGUAAAUAAGAAUUUGUUCUUAUUAACUGACUUACCGAGUUAAAUCAAAUAAACCAAAAAGAGCGUAGCGACUUUCAACCUUUUGUCACAGGAACCACCUUUCCAACACGUCUGUUUGUCAAAUUUCUGCCCUGCUAGAGCUUCCCCGGGCAGCUGUUAUUGUGAAGUGGAAACGUCUAAGAGCAACAACGGCUCAGCCGCGAAGUGGUAGGCCACACAAGUUCACAGAACGGGACCCACAAAGCACCUAGCGUGUAAAAAAUCUCAGUUACAACACUCACUACUGAGUUCCAAACUGCCUCUGGAAGCAACGCCAGCACAAUAACUGUUUGUCAGGAGCUUCAUGAAAUGGAUUUUCAUGGGCAAGCAACCACACACAAGCCUAAGAUCACCACGCACAUUGCCAAGCGUCGGUUGGAGUGGUGUAAAUAUCUCUGCCAUUGGAGCAGUGGAAACGCAUUCUCUGAAGUGAUAAAUCAAGCUUCAACAUGUGCCAGUCCAAUGGAUGAAUCUGGGUUUGGCGGAUGCCAGGAAUACGCUACCUGCCCAAAUGCAUAGUGCCAACUGUAAGUUUGGUGGAGGGGGAAUAAUGGUCUGGGGCUGUUUUUCAUGGUUCGGGCCCCUUAGUUCCAGUGGAGGGAGAUCAUAAUGCUACAGCAUUCAAUGACAUUCUAGACGAUUUCUUUGUUUCCAAAUUUGUGACAACAGUUUGGGGAAGGACCUUUCCUGUUUCAGCAUGACAAUGACCCUCGUGCACAAAGCGGGGUCCAUACAGAAAUGGUUUGUCGGUGUGGAAGAACUUGACUGGCCUGCACAGAGCCCUGGCCUCAACCCCAUCGAACAUCUUUGGGAUGAAUUGGAACGCUGACUGCAAGCCAGGCCUAAUCGUCCAACAUCAGUGCCCGACAUCACUAAUGCUCUUGUGGAUGAAUGGAAGCAAGUCCCCAAAGCAAUGUUCCAACAUCUAGUGGAAAGCCAGUGGAAGUAUAGUCUUUACUCAGUGCUUUGACCAAGGUAUGGUCAAUUCAUUUUUCCAACUAGCCUUUUCCUACUACCAGGGACGGCAGGUAACCUAGUGGUUAGAGGCAGGGUAACCUAUUGGUUAGAGGCAGGGUAGCCUAGUGGUUAGAGGCAGGGUAGUCUAGUGGUUAGAGGCAGGUAGCCUAGUGGUUAGAGGCAGGGUAGCCUAGUGGUUAGAGUGUUGGGCCAGUAACCGAAAGGUUGCUAGAUCGAAUCGCUGAGCUAAACAGGGUAAAAAUCUGUCGUUCUGCCCCCUGAACAAGGAAGUUAACCCACUGUUUUUAGGCCGUCAUUGUAAAUAAGAAUUUGUUCAUAACUGACUUGCCUAGUUAAAUCAAAUUGAAAAAUCAACAAACCAAGUAGAAUGGGUGUCUAUAGGCCUAAUGGUGCUGUCUCCUCAGGUAUCCUAGCAACUGAAUUAAACUGUGUUUUUUUGUUAAUUCUAUCUUCGUGUUUACGUUUGCUCGUGCGUGUGUUGAAAUUCCUCAGGGCCCAGCCUAAUAAUCCUGUUGGACAAUGGAACACCUCAAACCCUCGCAAUUUACACCAAUGUUUCAAACUUGUUUCAAAGUCUAAAGAUACUGAUGUUGUCAUUUUGUUCUGUGUAAAUAAAGAUUAUGUUUUGAAUAAA